AUGGGCGCGGAGCCGGGCUGGGUCGCGCUGGUGCUGCUGUUCGCCGCGUCGCUGCUCACCGUGGCGGCCUGGCUGCUGCAGCAGUGCCGGGCGGUGGCGCGGCGGAGGGGCGGGGCGGGCCGCGAGGCGCCGCUGGCCGCGCUGCUCGCCCUGCGGGCGCUGCGGGAGCCGUGGCGGCGCGCCUGGGUGCGGGCGCUCAACGGGCAGGCACGGCGGCACGGGAGUUCCGUGCAGAUCACGUUUGAAGAGGGUCCCCAGUUACCGCCAGCCGCAAAUAUCAGUUGUGUGACGUGCAAGGAACAGUCGGAUCACAGCAUGGUGCUAUCCUGCCGUCUGUCAGCUGAGGCUGUGAAAUUCCCCGUCUCUGUUACACAGCAAUCCCCAGCUGCUGUUUCUGUGGACACCUAUCAUGUCACCUUGGCUGUGCUGCAGGCCCAGGUGGAGAUCCACUUGGAGGAGAUAGAGAAUGAAGGUCUCCUAGUGUCAUGGAUGUUCAAGGACAGACCAGACUUGAACCUCUCUGUUCUUCCAAAACUUCAACUUCGUGAGAACGAAGGGAGAGCGAAUCUAUCCACCAUCAAGGAUCUGAUCGAGGAUACCAUUGUCAGCACGCAGCCAGCAAUGAUGGUGAACCUGAAGGCCUGCCCUGCUGGAGCUGGUGCGGUAACUAGUAAUAAGUUGACUCGAGAGUCCCCAUCCAGAGUAGCAGCAGCGCCUCAGGGUUCUAAGCUGUUGCUCCGGAAUCUUCGAGUGUUGAACUUGGGCUGCCAGGGGAAGGGAGGAGUUGGGGAGAUCCGCUGUGUGGCAGAGCUGGAUAGUCCCCUGCAGCAGAAGCGGACGAGGCCGGUGACAGCCAGCAUUGCCAGUGCUGCAGCAGAGAUGGAGUGGAACGAGGAGUUGCUUCUGGAGCUGGGACCUAGAAGUAAAGAGCUGAAGCUACAGGUGUUGGGGAACACUGAUGGAGGGGGAAAUGUGCUGCUGGCACAUGCCACACUUUUGCUUGAUUCUUUGGGCAAACAGCCAUCUGGGAGACAGGUCUGCUCACUGGCCCCAGGAGCUGGGCAGUCACUGGCAGCUGAAGCUACCAUUAUAUUGGAGCUGCUAUUCCAAGAGUCUCCUGCAUCUCUGAAUGCUCAGCAUGCCUCAUCUUUGCGAACUAGCAUCACUCCCACUAAGAAGGUGGAGAUGGACCGGACCAUCAUGCCUGACGGCACCAUCGUGACCACUGUCACCACGAUCCAGUCCCGGCCCAAGGCAGACUGCAAACUGGAUUCACCAUCCAGGUCGCCUUCCAAGGUGGAAGUGACUGAAAAGAAGACAACAGUGCUUUUGGAGAGUGGCUGCCCUCGCAGCCCCUUGCCCAGUGGUAGCCGAGAUAACCAUAUGCCCAAUGGCUUGGAUCCGGUGGCCGAGACAGCAAUCAGGCAGCUAACUGAGACGAAUAACAAGCCCGCCAAGAAGACCCCAACAAAACGUAGCACGCUGAUCAUCUCAGGAGUUUCCAAGGUACCCAUUGCUCAAGAUGAAAUGGCCCUUUCUUUGGGUUAUGCCGCAUCCUUGGAGGCCACAGCAUGUGGGGAUUCUGCGGCAGAGCGCACAGCUGACCAGAUGCACGAUUCUACUGAAUCAUCACAGCUGCUGGAAACGUCACCCUCAGGACAAAGGGCCAGUCAGGAGCUGGAUGAGACAACACGGUCGGACAUCUCAGAGAGACCAUCGGUGGAAGAUGUUGAGUCUGAAACUGGCUCCACUGGAGCCCUUGAAACCAGAAGCCUGAAAGAUCACAAAGUAAGCUUUCUUCGGAGUGGUACCAAGCUAAUUUUCCGGAGAAAAAGCAAGCAGAAGGAAGCGGGCUUGAGCCAGUCACAUGAUGACUUGUCCAACGUCACCGCCAACUCUGUCACUAGGAAGAAAACUGGGAGCUUCUCCCGCCGGCUCAUCAAGCGCUUCUCUUUCAAGUCUAAAUCCAAACCCAAAGCUAGCGACAGCACAACAGCGGGUGAGAACUGAAGCAGGGAGAAGCCUGUUGGAAAGUCUGUGCAGAGAUCCUUUUCUAGUCUCUUGUCUUACCACUCUGCGGUAUCUGUGGUCUACAGUCCAGUUCCUUCCAACCCUGGCUAAGGGAAGACACCCCAGUGCUUUACGCUGUUUGGGGACUGGAGGUGGCGAACCUGGAGCUGAGGCUGCUCGUCUGCCUUGGUUCAGCCCUCUCUGACUGUCGUACCCCACCAUGCUCUCCCAGAAAAUCCAGGUGGCGUGCAGAGAUCCCAGGAACUGCAGAAGCCUGCGUAGCUGUCUGGCAUCACUGGGUGUGUCCUGGAAAGGGCAGGAGGGCCUCUCAAGUGGCAGCCCUCAGAGUUAAAUAUUGAGAAACUUUAAGAUUUAGCUGUGUUGCUACGGUGCCGAGAAUUGUGGGCUGUAGCCUCGCUCAGGUCUUCUAGCGUGGCAACAACGCGGUUACUGGUCAUCUGAAUGCACUUAUUGCUUCUGCUUGGUGCAGAGGCUGUAACCUGACUGUGGUGCAGUGCGGGGUGAUGUGUUCCCGGGCUGUGAGCUGUCAAGAGAACAAGCUGCGGUUCUCAACCUGGCUCUGCCAUUGAAAUCAGACAGUGCUGAGGGGUGCCUGCUUCCUGUGCUGUGCCAGUGAUGGAAAGAGUCUCUAAGAAGAAGGAAGUUGUUACGACUGGGUGAGCUUUUGUAGAAGCACGAGCCCUUGCAUGAGCGCCAGGUCGGUCCUGUUGGUGCUGCCGCUCCAUGAGACAGCACUCCUUCUGCGUUCCUGUUCUUCAGUGGGGAAGGGGCUGUCCUGCACGUGUGCACUAUCUGUUGUGUGAGUGGAACCCUUCCCCUUAGGGCCAGUCGGUGGUUCCAGAGUGUGUUUCCAGCAGGGUGCCAAGCCAUCUUCCAGACCUGUGGAACACCUGGUCUCUCACACUCUGUUGGUUCUCACACUGAGGACUGUCAUCGUGCUGGCAAUGGACGGCAAGGAAUGUAGUGAUGCUAGCAAAAGGGCAGUCUGAUGUGGAGCCUGAAGCCACAUGGCAGAAAGAGGCAAGAGUUUACAUGUUUUCACUGGUCAAGGGGUUUCCUGGAGUAGAAGGAGACUUUCUUGAUUGCACGAGGUGUUUCUGUUCUUCUAGCAACCACCAUCCACCAUCUUCAAACAGGGGGCAUUUCUGUGGUGGGUAUUUGCGGAGGGAGAGGUGCACAGGAGAAAAUCGACUCCUUGCGUGGGAGGAGGCUGCCCUUAUAGAUGAAUGUUUUUUUCAGUCUCCUGAUGUUCACACAUUGUGAAUAUCCCCAGAGGCUCUGUAACGAAGUUCUUUGGAGGAAUGCUCAUGGGCUGUCAGUGCGCCUGGUUUGAACGGAAGCUCCUGCUGUCCUCUGGGUUUUAUAGUUAAGGAGAGAGGGCAAAGGGGAGGAAAAACCUCAUUGUAGAGCAGUUGCCCAGGCCUGGCUGGAAUCACCACCUCUGUUGUCCUGUUCCGAUACCUCCUGAGGUGGGGACUGUCACCUUAUCUUAUGCAGGAUGUGAACAACUGAGAAAGCAGUUGUUAUUUAAUGCACACUGUCAAGAGAACACGUUGUGUUCUUCAGAAGGACAAAUCCUGGCUUACUGGUAUGGUGGUUGUGCGUCAUUUCCAAAGACCGGGAUGUGUUUAGUAUGACCCUGCAAAAAGAUUUACAGACGGGAAUUUCAGGGCAUCUCUUGAAAAUGUCUGGAGGAAGGAAAGGUCAGAGGUGCCAAGGGCUUGAACUGAAAGUGCCGGUGCACGCCAGCAGGAGGGACUCAUUCCUUUUCUGCUGCCAUUUCCCUACAAAGUUGGGCACAUGUGAGAAGCUGGCUGACCAAGAACCUCUUCUCCAUCUGUUUGUUUUGGUCCAGGAGGCUUUCUGCGGUCCCUGAGCUCUUUCAUGUCUUUUAUUCUUUGUUUCUUUCCUCGUCCACAUGGUACUGUAGCUUUUUUCGCAGCUCUGUGCCCUUCGGAUGUCAGAGCGCUUGCCAUUUCUCAUUGAAAAUCACUUUCACCAAUGUGAGCGACUGGUUCGUGCUGCUGGAAGUUGGCAAUCUGCGGCUUACCUCUCGCCAUCCGGUUUGACGUAGCCUUCAUCAGUGCAGUGAAGGGUCAGUGCAGUGUCACUCACAGCACUGUCCUUUGUAGGCAUGCCGUUGUUCCCGGAGCUUGGCGGCAGCUUUGGUUCCGAUUUGCAGCUAUGACUGCCUGUGUCCUAACAGUACUUAACGCUUCAGGUUUUGUUCUUUUUUAAUACCUUAUUAAGGUUGCUUCGAAUAAAAAGUGCUGGCUGAGCCCUGACAGCACUGCUUCUCUGGUGCAACGGCUGUGAAACCUGGCCUUAGAAAUGCUGGUUUGAAUGGAAAGGGACUUUCUGAAGAGCCGGCAACCGUUUAGUUGUGGGUUUAUCACAGGACAAUCUGCCGGUCUGGUUUAAUAGUCCUGCAUUCUUUUAAACAGCAAGAGCACCUUGAGUUGUCUCAAUGCGGAGCAGCUGGAGGCGAAUACCGGAGGCUCCCACCCACCUCCAAAGUGUGAAUUGGGCUCAUGUACAUGAGGAGGGCCGCCAGGGCAAGCAAACGUUUUUGCCAUGUGCUUGAAGUGGCAAAGGCAAGUGAGGUUCAUGUCCAACCAACACGUGCCUAGAUUUUGACUGGAAUAUUUUGGUCUGGCUUGGAGAAGGGAGGUACUGGGAAAGCUAGGAGUAAAACCAAAGCUUGAAUUCCUCACUGGACUUGGGGAUCUCUUCGUAUUCUUAUUAAACAUGCAGUUCC